AUGUCGGAACACAGCAGGAAUUCAGAUCAAGAAGAACUCUUUGAUGGGGAGAUUGAUGAAGAUGAAAUCUUGGCCAACUUGUCCCCAGAAGAGCUUAAAGAACUGCAGUUGGAAAUGGAGGUGAUGGCCCCUGACCCCAGGCUUCCCGUGGGAAUGAUUCAGAAGGAUCAGACUGACAAGCCACCAACAGGGAACUUCGACCAUAAAUCUCUCGUUGAUUAUAUGUAUUGGCAAAAGGCAUCCAGACGCAUGCUGGAAGACGAACGUGUUCCUCUUACCUUUGUGUCAUCCAAGGGAAAAACUCAAGAACAGCAUGAAGAAAUAGACAAAAGUAAUAAAAAUGUGUCCCAGUAUUUAAAAGAAAAGCUUAAUAAUGAAAUCGCUGCACAUAAAACAGAAUCACAGGGCAGUGACAAUGUCCAAGAAACAAAUAAUGAAGAUAAUGAAGAUGAUGUGGAAGAUGAAGAAGAUGAUUCAGAAGAUGAAGAAGAUGAGGGAAAAGAGGACAGUGAAGAGAGUGAUGAAAAAACAAAAAGAGGAGAGGAAGGUGAGGUAAAGGAGCAAAUCAGAAAUGGUGAGAACAACAGCCAACAGGUAACUGAUAAAGUAACUGAAGAACAGAAGGACAGACCAGAGGCCCAAGAAAAAAGUGAGAAAAAAAUAUCAAAAUUAGAUCCCAAGAAGCUAGCUCUAGAUACCAGUUUUUUGAAGGUAAGUGCAAGGCCUUCCGGAAACCAAACGGACCUAGAUGGGAGCUUAAGGCGAGUGAGACAAAAUGACCCUGAAGUGAAGGAACUCAACCUGAACAACAUUGAAAACAUCCCCAAAGAAAUGUUGUUGGACUUUGUCAACGCGAUGAAGAAAAACAAACACAUCAAAACCUUCAGUUUAGCGAACGUGGGUGCGGAUGAGAACCUAGCAUUCGCCCUGGCCAACAUGUUGCGUGAAAACAGGAGCAUUACCACUCUUAACGUCGAGUCCAAUUUCAUCACAGGCAAGGGAAUCGUGGCCAUCAUGAGGUGUCUCCAGUUUAAUGAGACACUAACCGAACUUCGGUUUCACAAUCAGAGGCAUAUGUUGGGCCACUAUGCUGAAACGGAAAUAGCCAGGCUUUUGAAGGCAAACAACACUCUCCUGAAGAUGGGCUACCAUUUUGAGCUUCCAGGUCCCAGAAUGGUGGUAACCAAUCUGCUCACCAGGAAUCAGGAUAGACAAAGGCAGAAAAGACAAGAAGAACAGAAACAGCAGCAACUCAAAGAGCAGAGAAAGUUAAUAGCCAUGUUGGAGAACGGGUUGGGGCUGCCACCUGGGAUGUGGGAGACGCUGGGGGGACCAGUGCCCGAUUCUGGGAUGCAGGAGUUCCUCCAGCCUCCUCCUCCUCCUCCUCGACCUCCCAGCUCCCAUGCAGUCCCCUUCAGUCGACAAAAUGAAAUGAUGAAAAAGCCAUCGCACACUCCGAAGUACAGGACGGACCCUGACACCUUCCGCAUGGUAAAGCUAAAGAGGAUCCAGCGCAAAUCUCGGAUGCCAGAAGCCAGAGAAUCAGCCGAGAAAACCAACCUCAAAGACGUGAUCAAAACACUCAAACCAGUGCCGAGAAUUAGGCCACCCCCGCUGGUGGAAAUCACCCCCAGAGAUCAGCUCUUGAACGACAUUCGUCACAGUAACGUCGCCUAUCUUAAACCUGUGCAACUGCCAAAAGAACUGGCAUAAGAGGCAACAGAAUAAUCUCG